AUGAGUGACCAGCAGCUUGUUACGGGGCUCGCCAUUAUGAUCAGUGGUUAUUCUCAGAUCCAGGAUGGCCUUUCAACCUCCCAUUGGAAUAUCGUCACCAGUCUAGCCUGGUUCUCCUCAAUUAUCCAUAUUGCGACCCUGCCAUAUCUGGCACCAUAUUUUGCAAAGAAGAGAUGGCUCUGGUACAUCCGAGUAACUCUGAUGAGUGGACUUGCAAUCAUGCUGACCAUUAGCCUGACUGCCAUGGGCAAGGUGACUGGCUAUCUAAAAGAUAUGGCAAUACCAAUCGCCUGCUACUUCAAGGCUGGGCCUGACGCCUUAGGAAAUAAUCCAGCACAAGUGUUCAUUAUGUUAGUCUCCGAGAUCCUACUCCUCGGCGGUCUGGUGACUCGCUUUAUACAGAUGUCUCCAACGGCCAUGGAUUUCUCAAGAAGCAUUUUGAAGUCCUCGGGAAGGUUGUGGGUCAAAAGCCUGGUGUGGGCGUGUCAAAGACUGGAGUCAUCCUCAAAGUUCGUGCAAGCUAUAUCUUUCCCGCUGGUGGUUUUUUCCCUCGCUAGUCUUUGCCUUGUGCGAUUCCUGUUACAAUUUCUUGGUUCUGCCAUCUGUGGAGUAAGUGAGAACGCUGGCAAUGGCAACAAGUGGUUCGGCUUUAACAAGGUUUGA